AUGCUCAAAGAUUUCCUCAAAGAUGAUUCUUUUUCGUGUUCAUCAAAUAAUUUACGAUUAUUUCCGAGAAAAAGUCCAAGAAAAUCAAAUGUAAGGAACAAACCCUCUCCAAUACUUCUUAGAAGUGGAUCAAAAGCUGCAGCAACCACAUUUUAUGCACUCAACAAAGUCAUUAAGGCUGUUAAAUUCUUCCCAUUUGCUUCUGUGAAAUCUCCACUAGUUUUACCAAGAAGCAUUUCCAGUAAACUCUCCAGAAGAACCAAAAACAGAAACGAAAAUUUCCCACAAGUGUCCGUUAAAGUCAAGGACAUUUUACGGUGGAGAUCGUUCAAGGACUUGGCGGAAGAAAAAGCUAUGCCUUUGGAUUUUUCUUCAUCGUCCCCUAUUUGGUGUACAACAACAACCACCACCACCACCACAGGAUCUACUAGUACUACGACCUCAUGCAGCAACAGAUCCAGUUGGUGUGACAGUGACUUUACCGCAGCCGAUUCACCGUCCUGGGGUGGUGAAAAGGGGAGUAAAUCAAGAAGGAAUCCAGAGGGGGAGUUGUCAUUCGGAGAAGCUGAGCAGCAUAGCCCAGUUUCAGUUCUUGAUUCUCCAUUUUAUGAAGACGAUGAAUCCAUAUUUCCUAUUCAUCCAACCUUUGCCAAGACAAAAUGCAUGUUCAUGCAAAGACUUCAACAAUCCGAGAGGCUUUUAGAAUUGGAAAAUCUUGGAGAGAACCGCGAGGAUAAUUUGCUGUUUGAUUUCUUUAAGGCUAAAACUAAUGGAGAGUUUGAUGAUUGUGAGAAUACUGCAAAACCUUCGAUCAACGGAGAAUACGAAGAUUGGGAGGCGCAGGACAUGAAGGAGGUCUGUGUUAAAGAUAUGGAGAGGGGAUUGGACUGGAAAGAGUUUAAAGAGGAGCAUGAAGAAAUGGCAAUGCAGUUGGAGAUUCAACUCUUAAGUGAUUUGUUUGAGGAGCUUUUGGACGAUAAGUAA